AUGGCCACACACCUCGCCGCCGUCUCCCUCGCAAAUGGUGAGCCCUUCAAGGUUCUGACCCGGCCUACGCCAAAGCCAGGCCCAGGCGAGCUCCUCAUCGAGGUCAAAUCUGUAGCCCUCAACCCGGCAGACGGCCACAUGCGUGACAAAGGCCUCUUCAUAUCCGCCUACCCCACGGUCAUUGGCUUCGACAUCUCAGGGCUAGUUCUCGAGGUCGGCGACAACAUCCCUGUCGGUGCUACGGAUGAGAGUCCAUGCCCUUAUUUCCGACCAGGAAUCACCCGCGUCGCCGCAUUCGCCGCCUCCUUCUGGAGGGCCUGCGACCCUGACUACGGCGCCUUUCAGGAGCGGUGCCUCGUCCCCUGGCAGCACGCUCUGCCUCUUCCGGAGGGUGUUUCUUGGAACCAAGCGGCAACCUUACCCGUCGCUGUCGAGGUACCCCUCAGCGCGUGGGAUAUUAUGGGUAUUUCACGGGUUGGAGAAGCCACUGCUUCUUCUUCCGUCUCGGCGGCCCCAGUCGUCUCCGAUACCAGCGCAGGAACUCAGCAAAAUAAGAAACAAAAGAACGAAGCCCUACUAGUUUGGGGCGCUUCCUCUAGCGUGGGCACGAUGGGCGUGCAAAGCGCUCGACUGCUGCGGGAAGAUCACGACUCUUCGUUCGCCGCCGUGUACACUACUGCUGGUGCGGCGAAUCUGAAGUACAUAGGCUCCUUGGGUGCGGAUCGCGUCUUCGAUUACAAGGAUCCGCAUGUUGUGGAUGCGAUUAUUUCGGCGGCCAGAGAGGACGGCCUAGUGAUUCGGCACUGCUUUCUUGCCACAGGGCAGCUGGCGCCGUGUCAGGCCGUCCUCAAGGCUUUCAUUUGGGACGAUCAAAGGAAAGAAGACCAGAAGGCAAAGAUCGGGUCAGCACCGGUGAUUCCUGCUGAUGCCGAGGAAGUGAACGGGGUGGAAACCCUCUUUGUGCUGCCGUCGAUGGAUGAAGGGCAGAGGUUGGCUCAGUUUCAAUGCUGGAUGGGGACUUGGCUCAGGGAGAACCUGGCCAACGGGACUAUCAGGCCUAGUCCGGAGCCAAGGGUUGUGGGGAAGGGUUUAGGUGCUAUAAAUGCUGGGUUGGAUGUGCUCCUCCGGGGGGUGAGUUGUACGAAGUUGGUUGUGGAGGUUGCAGAGUGA